AUGGCCCUGGGACAGAGGCUGUUCAUCACUAUGUCCCGGGGAGCAGGACGUCUUCAGGGCACGCUGUGGGCUCUUGUCUUCCUAGGCGUCCUAGUGGGCAUGGUGGUGCCCUCGCCUGCAGGCACCCGCACCAACAGCACGCUGCUGGACUCCAGGGGCUGGGGCACCCUGCUGUCAAGGUCUCGAGCUGGGCUAGCUGGAGAGAUUGCUGGAGUGAAUUGGGAGAGUGGCUACUUGGUGGGGAUCAAGCGGCAGAGGAGGCUCUACUGCAACGUGGGCAUCGGCUUUCACCUCCAGGUGCCCCCCGACGGCCGGAUCAGCGGGACCCACGAGGAGAACCCCUACAGCCUGCUGGAGAUUUCCACAGUGGAGCGGGGUGUGGUGAGUCUCUUUGGAGUGAAGAGUGCCCUCUUCGUUGCCAUGAACAGUAAAGGGAGAUUAUACACAACGCCCAGCUUCCAAGAGGAAUGCAAGUUCAGAGAAACCCUCCUGCCCAACAAUUACAAUGCCUACGAGUCAGACCUGUACCGAGGGACCUACAUCGCACUGAGCAAAUAUGGACGGGUAAAGCGGGGCAGCAAAGUGUCCCCAAUCAUGACUGUCACUCACUUCCUCCCCAGGAUAUAAGGACCCUCAAAGAAGGCUCACAGAUUGAAAGCAACAUCUUUUGUUUUGGAAUUUUGCACAAAUGAACAA